AUGUCUGGUUUGCCUCAAAACAACCUGAAGGAACAGCUGGCGAGACACAACAACGCUGCUCAGAGCAAGCUGUCUCUGGCUAAACCUAAAACGGGGGCUUUCUUGUUCAAAAAGAAAUCCUCAUCAGGCACAACCAGAGUGGAAUACCCGACCAAGGUAAACAGUCCAAAUGGUUUGGCAAACAGGAACGUGAAUGUGCCCACGAACAGCCUGGUGACUAAAUCUCCUGUAACAUUUUCAAACAAGCUUGAAAGAACUCAAAAAUCCAAAAUCAACAGCUUCUUCCCUCCAAGUUCAAAAUGCACGUCAGAUUUCACCAGCCCAGCAGGCAACUCCCCUUCAGCAAGGGAGUCGCCGCCGGUAGAGGCUGGCGUUAGGAUGACUGCUGCUCCUGCUGAACCUGACAACCAGCCCUCCUGUGGCGGGAAAGGAAUCGGCUCCCCAAGUUUGGAUGUAUCUAGUUUCCCGAUGGAUGACUGGGAUGAUUUUGAAGACUUUGAAACACCCGCCAAAUCAAAAAAUGACUCCAUCUGCUCAGAGAAAUCGGCGAGGGUGGCCAUGGCGAUGUCAUCUUCUGAUGAAUUCCCAGAGUUCAGAGGGAAAAAAAGCCCCGGUCCUGUUCGCUUACAAGCGGAGUCGAAGAAGAAGAGCAGUGACCAGUCUUGUAUGGAGACGGAGGAAUCCCGGGUCGGUAAAACCGUUUCACCAGAACCCAGUUUAGCUCACGAACCUUCAGAACAGGAAGUGGAGGAUUCUCCUGUUAAAAGGACCAGAAGGCGUUGUCCUCCUCCACAUGUGACGUCUGUGUUGAGUGACAGCGACGAUGAGGUCGCCGUUGCAUCUGAACCUUUAAAAGAUAAAACAGGGGAAAAGGGAAAAUGGGUUGAUCCAAAAGUGAUAGAUCUGAAUGACAGCUCUGAGCCUGAGGAAGACGUUGAUUACAUUCCUCCUUCGCCUCCUCCUGAUGCGACCUCGUACACAACUUCUCCAGCAGAGACAAGAACUCAAUCAGGUAAAGUUCAGAGCAGAGACAAUACUUUCCAACCAAACGGCCAUGCCACAACUCUGCCUUCUACGCACCUCUCCAGUGACAAAACAAAGGAACAACUGUUUAGUGCUAUGGAGGCCAUUUGCGCUCUGGUUGAUUCCAUCCCUGAACAUGAACUGAUCGGUUUGUCCUGUGGGAAUGAACUUCUGCUGAAGAGAGCCCAAAGGAAGAGGAUUCUUGCUUGUGGGGCUGAGUCUUUGUCUAGGAUGAUGCAGCAACCAGACAGCACGGUGAUUUCGGAUGGCAGCUUCAUAGAUGCCUUUUCCAGCUGUGGUGCAUCUAGUCUGUCACCCAGCGGUUCCCUGCCUGUGGACAGUAAAAGAAAUCUCCCACCCCAAAGAUCUUCUCUGAACUAUCACUCCGAUUGCUUUGAUGGGUCCAGUUUGAACCCCCGGCACAGGACGGACAGCAAGACUAUUUACGCAGAAAGUGAGAGUGUUUGUGAUUCUCCGUCACCCCCCAGCUUCACAAAACCAGCAUAUAACUCCUCGGAGAAAACAAGCUCUCACGCAGAUGAGGCAGAUCUAUUCUUCUCAUCCAAGAAGUCAAAAGAUGUUGAGCAAGACAAAUCCAAAGCGCCAGCCUCUGCAGCUGCAGCAGACUUUGAGGCAGACGACUUCUAUGAUGACGAUUUUGAUAUUGAUGACUUAAACGACUCUGACAUCCCUGAUUACUUUGACGAACCCCCGACCUCUUCUGUGUUGAGUCAAAACCGAAGCACUGCACCAGCCGCUGUGAAAGAAGGAGGACCAAACCAGUCGUCAUGGGACAAGAAACCCGUGACUCCUGUCUCUGCUCCAAAACCUCAGAAGAUUUAUUCACCAGAGCCCAACUUCAAGAACCCAGCGCACGAUCGCUACCGAGGCUUUAACUUCCCCCAUUCACAGGAGAUGAUGAAGAUUUUUCACAAGCGUUUUGGACUCCAUCAGUUCAGAUUUAAUCAGCUGGAAGCAAUUAAUGCUUCUCUUCUGGGAGAGGAUGCAUUUGUUUUGAUGCCAACAGGUGGGGGUAAAAGUUUGUGCUACCAGCUGCCUGCCUGUAUCUCAGCUGGAGUCACUGUAGUCAUUUCUCCGCUUAAAUCGCUUAUUGUCGACCAGAUCCAGAAACUCACCACCCUAGAUAUUCCAGCAACGAGUUUAUCUGGGGAUAAAAGUGAUAGCGAAGCAGGAAGGAUUUAUAUGCAGCUCUCCAGGAAAGACCCGAUCAUUAAACUGCUGUACGUCACACCUGAAAAGGUGAGCGCAAGCAACAGGUUGAUCUCAGCUCUGCAAAACCUAUACGAACGAGGUCUUCUAGCCCGCUUUGUAAUCGAUGAGGCACACUGCGUCAGUCAGUGGGGUCAUGAUUUUCGUCCAGACUACAAAAAAUUGCACGAACUGCGUCACAAGUUCCCCAACGUACGAAUGAUGGCUCUGACGGCUACCGCCAACCCCCGGGUGCAAAAAGACAUCCUCAACCAGCUGAAUAUGAGCCGACCGCAAGUGUUUACUAUGAGCUUCAACAGGGCAAACCUCAAGUACUCGGUGUUGCCCAAGAAGCCCAAAAAGGUUGACGAGGACUGCAUCGGCUGGAUCAAGAAGCACUACCCGCGUGACUCUGGCAUUGUGUACUGCCUGUCUCGUAAUGAAUGCGAUGCCUUGGCGGAGAGUCUGAAGAGAGCGGGAAUACAGGCCCUGGCGUAUCACGCCGGACUGAGUGACGGCGACAGAGAAUAUGUGCAGAGCAAAUGGAUCAAUCAGGACGACUGCCAGGUCAUCUGUGCCACCAUAGCCUUUGGCAUGGGUAUAGACAAGCCUGACGUGCGCUACGUGAUCCACGCCACUCUGCCUAAAUCAGUGGAGGGUUACUAUCAGGAGUCGGGACGAGCUGGCAGAGAUGGAGAGAUCUCUCACUGCAUCCUAUUUUAUUCCUACAAUGACGUCCAUCGCAUUAAAAGGAUUAUCAGCAUGGACAGAGAAGGCGACAGACACACCAAAGCCACUCACUACAACAACCUACACAGCAUGGUGCACUUCUGCGAGAACAUGAUGGAUUGCAGGAGAAUUCAGCUGCUCGCCUACUUCGGAGAGCUGACGUUCAACAGAAACUACUGCAAAGACCAUCCAGACGUCAGCUGUGAUAACUGUGCCAGACCCAACCAAUAUAAACUGAGGAAGGUGACCGACGAUGUGAAGAAGAUUGUGAGGUUUGUCCAGGAGAACUGUGAGAAAGUCGGAGCAAGGUUUGGGAAGACACCUCAGCAGAACCGACUGACACUGAACAUGCUCGUGGACAUCUUUAUAGGGGCUAAAUCGGCCAAGGUCCAGACAGGAAUGUAUGGGAUGGGAGCUGCUUACUCUCGCCAUAAUGCAGACCGUCUUUUCAAGAAACUUGUUCUAGAUAACGUUCUGGUCGAGGAUCUCUACAUCACCGUCAAUGGCCAAGCGGUGUCUUACAUCUCUGCAGGACCAAAAGCAACGAACAUACUGUCUGGGCACAUGGAGGUGGAGUUCUACGAAACGGAGAGCGCGUCCAGCGUCAGGAAGCAAAAAGCUUCUGUCUCCAAGAGCGUCUCCAAGAGAGAGGCCAUGGUUCAGCAGUGUCUGAAGGAGCUGAUAGAUCUGUGCAAGCAGCUGGGCAAAGCAUUUGGCAUUCACUAUUACAAUAUCUUCUCCACCGCCACCGUGAAGAAAAUAGCUGAGAGACUUUCCUCCGAUCCUGAAGUCCUCCUGCAAAUCGACGGUGUGACGGAGGACAAACUGGAAAAGUAUGGAGCUGAAGUCAUUAAAGUGCUUCAGAAAUACUCCGAAUGGCAGCUACCCGUGGACGAGCAGACUGAAAGUACUGGAGAUGGCUGGAUAGACCCAAGAUGCCCAGAAGAUGACGACACAGAGUCUUCCACCUAUUUCUCCAACCAGUCCGCUGCGGGCCGGAAGAGGAAGAAAGCUCCAUUCUUCAAGUAUUCAAAGAAGAGAAAAGGAUACGGCAACCAAGGCUACUCUUCUAGAGGCCGUGGAUACAGCAACAAUAAGUCCUCAUCUUCCGGCUCCAGGGGGGGCUCCCAAAGUGCAGGUCGAGGGUCCGCAAGCUCUGCAGGAGCUGCACCAGGGGGCAGGAGACCAGGAUUCAUGUCUGUCCCUAUGCCUCAGAGCAACCAGCGACCCUUUUUAAAGUCAACCUUUUCUUACAUGAGCUAAAAUCUGCUUGAAUCUCUGCCUCAUCAAUGUUUUGUAACAUCUUUUCACUGUAAGUAUUGUACUUCAUGUACAGAUAUGAAAAGGUGUGUGUAUAUAUAUAUAUAUGUUGUAAAUUGAUGUGGCAUGUAAAGAGUUAGACCUCAGUAACUGGAGUUCUGCUGAUCUUGUUUUUUUUGUUUUUUUGUUUUUUUUUUAUAAUAAAGAUUUUGUAUGAUUAUUUCUCCAAGCUGCAUUUAUUUGCUUGCAGAAAAGAGAACUGUGCUUACAGAAACCACAGCGACAGACACGUCAUUUUUUUUGUUUGUUUUUUAUUAUUUAAUGUUUAUUUCAAGUUUGAAUAGUUUCCUUUAAUGGCACCAGAUACAGGGGACUAUUGGAGAGAAACAAUAUUUUAUACUGACUUGUACAGAAGCUUGCCUACAGUACAAACAUGGGUUUGGAAUGGAUCAGACGAAACAAGAACUGGAUUUGGCACAUGGGUUUAUAUGAGAUUUACAUUUUUUUUAAGGUAUAUAACGUAAUUUAAACAGCAAUUUCCAAUCGAAGGAGGGGAAAAAAACAAGGAAAACUACAAAAUACACCACCAGACACAGGAGUGCACAAACACCUGACAUGUAUGCGCUGUUUCAUGGGGGUUUGUGUGCUGGGACGUGACAGAGGAGCAGAAAGCAGAGCUGGGUGGUCAUGGCAAGUUUCAUUAAUUGUGUUGUGCACCAUGGCUUGCCAGGAUUAAAUAUGAACAUUUGGUUAAAAUUAAUAAGUUGAUUUGUUCUGCAUACUGUCUUUAAAAAAAAAAAAAAAA